AUGCACAGGAGGCACACCACCCUUCGUGAGAAGGGAAGGAGACAGGCCAUCAGAGGUCCAGCCUACAUGUUCAAUGAGAAGGGCAAAAAUUUGACACCUGAAGAGGAACGUUUCCUGGAUGCAGCAGAAUAUGGAAAUAUACCAGUGGUGCGCAAGAUGCUAGAGGAGUCAAAGACCUUGAAUUUCAAUUGUGUUGACUAUAUGGGGCAGAAUGCUUUACAACUUGCAGUGGGAAAUGAACAUUUGGAAGUGACAGAGCUCCUUUUAAAGAAAGAGAAUCUUGCACGGAUUGGUGAUGGACUACUGCUGGCAAUCAGCAAAGGUUAUGUGAGGAUAGUGGAGGCAAUUUUAAAUCAUUCAGCCUUUGCCCAAGGACAUCGUUUGGCCAUGAGCCCUCUUGAGCAAGAGCUUCGGGACGAUGACUUUUAUGCCUAUGAUGAGGACGGUACACGUUUCUCCCAAGACAUCACUCCAGUCAUUCUUGCUUCUCAUUGCCAGGAAUAUGAGAUUGUACAUAUACUUCUUCUGAAGGGUGCACGGAUUGAGAAACCUCAUGACUAUUUUUGCAAAUGCAGUGAGUGCAUUGAGAAACAAAAACGAGAUUCUUUUAGUCAUUCCAGGUCCAGGAUGAAUGCAUACAAGGGAUUAGCAAGUGCUGCUCAUUUGUCUUUAUCAAGUGAAGACCCAGUACUUACAGCUUUGGAACUAAGUAAUGAACUAGCACAACUAGCCAAUAUUGAGACAGAGUUUAAGCUGGGACAAAUUUUAAGAAGCCCAUUUAUGAAGUUUGUAGCACAUGCAGUUUCAUUCACCAUCUUUCUAGGACUACUGGUGUUAAAUGCAUCAGACAGAUUUGAAGGUGUAAAGACCUUGCCCAAUGAAACUACCACAGAUCAUCCAAGACAGAUCUUCAGACUGAAAACGACAAAGUUUACAUGGACUGAAUUAUUAAUAAUGAAAUGGAUACUAGGUAUGAUAUGGACAGAAUGCAAAGAACUAUGGGAAGAAGGACCCAAAGAGUAUGUCAUGCAUUUGUGGAACAUUCUAGAUUUUGGGAUGUUGUCUAUCUUUGUUGCUUCAUUCACUGCAAGAUUUAUGGCAUUUCUGAAGGCUUCUGAAGCACAACUCUAUGUAGAUACGUAUGUAAAGGCCAGUGAUCUCUCCAAAGCAUCACUUCCUCCAGAAGUUGAAUACUUCACUUAUGCUAGGAACAAGUGGCUUCCAUCUGAUCCACAAAUCAUAUCAGAAGGACUUUAUGCAAUUGCUGUUGUGUUAAGUUUCUCCCGAAUUGCUUACAUUCUACCAGCAAAUGAAAGCUUUGGUCCACUGCAGAUUUCCCUUGGAAGGACAGUGAAAGACAUUUUCAAGUUCAUGGUCAUAUUUAUUAUGGUGUUUGUCGCAUUCAUGAUUGGAAUGUUCAACCUUUAUUCCUACUAUCUCGGAGCAAAGUAUAAUCCAGCCUUUACAACCGUUGAAGAGAGUUUCAAAACCUUAUUCUGGUCGAUAUUUGGCUUGUCAGAAGUGAUAUCUGUUGUCCUCAAGUACGAUCACAAGUUUAUUGAGAACAUAGGGUACAUCCUGUAUGGAGUGUACAAUGUUACGAUGGUGGUGGUGCUGCUUAAUAUGCUAAUAGCCAUGAUCAACAGCUCAUAUCAAGAAAUUGAGGAGGAUGCAGAUGUUGAGUGGAAAUUUGCUCGAGCUAAGCUCUGGCUAUCUUACUUUGAUGAAGGGAGAACCUUGCCUGCACCAUUCAACCUUAUACCAAGCCCAAAAUCCAUUUACUACUUAAUAUCAAAAAUAAAAACCUGCCUUGUAAAUUUGUGUAAAUCCAAGGUGCAAAAAUCUGAGGGUGACCUUGAAAUGGGCAUGCUGAAUUCUAAGAGGAUUAUGAAACGAUUAAUAAAGCGAUAUGUGCUCAAAGCACAGGUUGACAGAGGAAAUGAUGAAGUCAAUGAAGGGGAACUUAAGGAAAUCAAACAGGACAUUUCCAGUCUUCGUUAUGAACUCCUGGAAGAAAAGUCACAAGCAACAGGGGAGUUAGCAGAACUCAUUCAGCAACUCAGUGACAAAUUUGGCAAAAAUUUUAAAAAAUAA